CUAUAUGCAUCUCGGUAAAUAUUUUUCUAACUGCUCGCAGUAAUAAAGUGAAACUAAACUCGUCAAUAAUGGAUGACUGCAGGAAGCAUACGUGGUAAACGACAGAGGAAACAAGAACAGGAGUAGGGACCCACCAUUAUUCCCAAGGGAGAAGUACCCAAAGCCACUGAUAUUCCAUGAUGGGCGGCUAGCAUUCCUUCCCACUCCCCUCUCUGCCCUGGCCAUGUUCAUCUGGCUGCCCGUGGGACUUCUCCUGGCAAUCUUCAGAAUAUUCAUAGGCACAUGCUUGCCCUACAAGGCGGCCAUGUUCUUGGGCAGCCUGACCGGGAUGGAGAUCCGUGUGGAGGGCAGCGAUCCUCCGAGGCCCGAGAACGGGAAAGGGGUCCUCUACGUUUGCACCCACCGGACUCUCCUUGACCCGGUCUUUCUAAGUACCGUUCUUGCCAAGCCCUUGACCGCGGUCACCUACAGCCUGAGCAAAAUGUCCGAGAUACUGGCACCGAUAAGGACCGUUAGGCUGAAAAGGGACCGAAAGGAGGACGGAGCGACGAUGGAGAGAAUGCUACGGGAAGGGGAUUUGGUGGUUUGCCCAGAGGGGACCACUUGCAGGGAGCCAUACCUGCUGAGGUUUAGCUCCCUGUUUGCAGAGCUGGCUGAUGAGAUUGUGCCAGUGGCUAUGGACACAAGUGUGGGCAUGUUCUAUGGGACCACUGCAAGUGGGCUCAAGUGCUUGGACCCACUCUUCUUCUUGAUGAACCCAAGGCCCACAUACAGGGUCCACAUCCUAGGGAAAGUGCCCAAAGAGAUGACAUGUGGUGGGGGUGGUGGUAAGUCUAGCUUUGAGGUGGCUAACUACAUACAGAGACAGCUGGCUGAUGCUUUGGGGUUUGAGUGCACCACUCUUACAAGAAGAGACAAGUAUUUGAUGUUGGCUGGGAAUGAUGGGAUUGUUGAGAAUCACUAGCUAGCUAUUUAACUAGUAGCACAAAACUUAACUAAUCUGUAUUGUUACUUUCAACAAUAUAAUGCCUUCCUUAUCUUGUGAAAGCCAAGUCUUGAUUGCGAUUCAAUUCAAAUCAAAACUAUAAAUCCUU